UAAACGGAAGUGCUCUCAGUUUCUUCCGGUUGACUUUAAACCGCUGUCUGCAGAAUUCGCUGAACUUUCGGUACUAAAAUAGCUAAAUAUCUCCUUUUUGUCACACAGAUAUCUCGCUGUGUAUUUUAUAUGAGCAGUUUAAUUACGACAAUGGCUUUUUUUGUUUACUAUUAACGUAAAUAUCCUCCGACCGGUAGUCGAAACUAACUCCUCUAGCUAUCGUUAGCCAAGUUAGCUAGGCUAGCCGCUCCAUGGCUCCUCUCCGGGUCCUGUGUGUUCACGGUUACCGGCAGAGCGGCGGCUCGUUCCGGGAGAAGACCGGAGCUCUGCGGAAGUUGCUGAAGAAACAUGUGGAGCUAGUUUACAUGACCGCCCCGCACAGUGUGCAGCAGGUCAGCAGUGAAGCUACAGAAAAGGAGAACAGUUCAGGUCCUGGACUUGGAGGAGACGAGGACCCCAGGGGGUGGUGGUUCUCUGACGUCCAGGCUCGGAGUUUCAGUGCCCAGCAGCAGUGUGAGGAGAGCUUGGGGCUGUACGAGAGCGUGGCGGCGGUCAGAGAAGCAGUGAGGCUCCAGGGUCCGUUUGACGGCGUCCUGGGUUUCAGUCAGGGAGCAGCCUUCGUGGCCAUGUUGUGUUCUCUUCAGGAGCAGAAACUGGAGCUGGAGUUCAGCUUCCGCUUUGCUGUCCUGGUCGCCGGUUUCCGCAGUGCAUGUGCGGAGCAUGAGAAGUUCUACAGCGCCCCCCUGCAGAUCCCGUCCCUGCACGUGUUCGGACUGGAGGACAGAGUCAUCCCGGACAACAUGAGCCGGGAACUCCUCCUGUCCUUCCACGAUCCGCAGGUACUGACACAUCCUGGUGGUCAUUUUGUUCCUGCUGCAUCUGCCCACAGAAAAACGUACCAGGACUUUCUCAAGAAGUUCCAGUGAAGAAAGUGAACAAGACUCGAGCGUUUAAAUGUUGCAGAUGAAUACUGAUUAUUUACUGUUCCAUUAAAAAAUUGUGAUACCAUAA